GGGUGGGGGGUGGGGUACGAAGGAUUCUUUCUAGAAUGAAUAUAUACAAACAUACAUACACACAUAUAUAUAUAUAUAUAUACUAUUCUUCCUUCAAACAAUGACACAUUUAUUAUAAAAGUGACUUUUGCUGUAUUUUGAAAAGGACUGGCCGGUCACUGUGACUCGUUCUUCUAACUGGUUUAGGGUUGUAUUAAAAACCAUAUUUGAGUUAAACAGGCAAAUCCGGUCAAAAACCAGACAAACUCGUUAAAACCGGUGACCAUGAUAUUAAAAUCCGGUUUUCUCAAAUUCAAGUAAAAAAAAUUAAAAUUUUUAAAAAUCUUUUUGUUUUUAAUAUUUAUUUAAAUAAACUAGUUUUCACUAUACUUUUAUAUUAUUUGAAGUUUUCAUUUAUUUUCAUAUCAUUUUUAGAUUCUAACAGUGUUGUAAAAUUUUAUAAAAAAUAAUUUUAUAGUUAUACAUAUAUAUAUAUAUAUAUUUACUUAAUUUAAAAUCAAAUUAAAAUCUAAAAUCUGGCUGAAUAGGUUGAACCACCAUUGAUCUAACUAUAGUUUCGAGUCAAUGUCUAGUCUGGUUUUCAAAAAAAUGGUUUUUGUUCUUGAAUAAAUUUAACGUUCAUCCAAAAGAAAGUUAUACCGUUAAAACUUAGCGUAUAGAUAGAAACACAAUGAUUUAUUGGUGGAUCCUCUAUCAUUAACUUUUUCGUAUCUUUUAAGACCUGUGAAUAAUUGGUAAGUUGUUAAAUAACAGACCAGAAUAGUUAAGAAGUUUACUUGCUUGCAAACUACCCGCAUGAACUUACACCACUCCUGAUCACAACCAUUGUCACAGUAAAGAAUAUUUUUUUAAGGUACAGAUUACAGUAAAAUAUAAAUAUAUAAUUCGAUGCUUAAAGUUAUCAUUAAAACUUAGCAAGAAAAUAUAGAUAAAACACAAUGAUUUAUUGGUGGAUUCUCUAUCAUUAACUUUUUGGUAUCUUUAAGACCUGUGAAUAAUUACUAAGUUAUUAAAUCACAGAAACAAAAUAAUUAUUAAGUUUGGCUUGCAUGCAAAAUACCCGUAUAAAAAACUCACACCACUAAAAUUGCAGUUAGCGUAAUUCAAGAACAAAGGUAUCAAUCAUACAUUGCCACCAAGGGUCCCUCAUGGCUUCAACUCCUACUGGAAUAAAAAGCUGGGACUACGGUUUAGGUGGCUUGAAAGUUCGUCACAAUUAACCCAAGAAUCAUGUUAUGGUUAGACGAUUCUUGCUCUUUUUUGGUGUUUUUGUUGCUCUCGUGAGCUCUUUAUACCACCUACUGGUGGAUUGUGAUAGAUAUCGUGUGUCACCAAACAUUUGUGUGUGCUUGAUCAACUGAAUUACCAGUGUUAAAGAAAAACUCACACCACUAAAUUAUUAUACAAAACAUGAUUUUUGUUAUAAAAUUUCGACGAAACGGAACCAGACCAGCAAGAAAUAUGCUUACACAAUCUAUAAAGAUCUACCGCUAUACCAAGUGUCCUGACGUCAAAAAUGUCAUGACAAUAAUAUUAUAUUUUGGUGAAAUUUCAAGGACGGAUCUAGAAUGAUUUUUAACUGGGAACACAAACAAAAGGAAGAAAAAAUAAACAGGCGUAUUUAACUAUUUAUUCAUUUUUCAUUAAACUAGAGAUAUUUAAUCAAAUUAACUCAAGUUAUUUUAAAACAUUUGGAUUCGUAUUUCAAGUGAAUUUUCUAUAUAAUUUAAUUUUUAAAGACAUGUUUUGAAAAGGUUUGAAUUUUUGCCUAUGUAUUAUUUUAUACCUAAAUAAGUAGUGUAAACACUGAAUUAUAAGUAAUACUCCAUUCAUUUCAAAAAGAUAUAUAUUUAAGAUUUUUCACACAUAUUAAAAAAUACAUUAAAACUUGAUUUUAAUUGCAUUGCUUUUUGUGAAUAACAAUUUUCUAUAAUUUUUAGUCAAUAGAAAUCUAACUAGAUUUUGACCCGCGCUUAGAAAGCGCGGGUUUAUUUUUUAAAUUUAAUCAUUUUUAAUAUAAAUUUUUAUAUAAGAUAGUUUAUAAGUUUGGUCAUAUUAUUCGGAACCGAACAAUCAACCCGUACCAAAUUGAAAAAAUGAAACCAAACUUGAACCAAAAUUUAUAAAUAACCGAACAUAUCAUAUAUAUCUAGAACCAAGAUAAAUAGAUACAUGAAUUUUUAAAAUACAAAUUAUAUACCUACAAAUAUUAAUUAUAUUUAAUUUCUAAAUCACCAAAUAUCUUAAAUAUACUAUUUAUAAGCUGAAUUAUCCAAUAAAAACAAAUUACUCAAACAUUUUUUUCAAAUAUUAAAAAAAAUAUCUUAAUAAGUCCUCAACAUUCAGUCUAAUUUUCCACUAAAAGGAACCAAAACACCAAUAAGUGGUAUCCACAGUCAAACCAAUUAAACGCAGUCACCAUAUAUAAUCUAGUUGCAAUUUAUUAAAAAUCCAUUAUUUAAAAUCUUUUAAAAUCUAAAACCCAUAUUAACUCGUGAAUCUAUACCAGAUGACAUGGUAAAAAUCUAAAAUAACAUGAUAUUAUUUUUCAAAAUUUGAUUAAAUUUCUCAUAUAAAUUUUACUAAGAUAUAAAAUUGAAUAAACUACAUUUUUUAUGUUAUACAUUCUAGUUUAUAGGUUUUAUAAUGACUAUAUUAAGAUUAAAUUUUUGAGUUUUAGAAAUAAAACUAUUAUUAAGUUGAGUAUAGUUGAGUUACCUAUAAAUGUUAAAAAUAAAUAAUAUAUUUUAUUUAAACAUAAAAAAAUAUUCUAAAAUGCUAUAAUUUCCUGAGAAAAUAUUUAUACAAAACCCUUUCUACUAAUAAACCCAGUUGUAAAAGAUUUUUAUCACAAAAAUAACCUAGGAAGGUUUUCAAAGAAAAAUCUAUAAUUUUGAAAUAUAAUUAAGCUUGUUGUUGUACUGUGAAGUAUUUCUCUAAUCGUAAUUGGAAUUUAAUAUGUUUUGACCGUCGAAUGGUAUCAUGUUUUUAACUUUCUGUUUACUUUAUGGUAUCAUGGUAUUGUUCAGACUUUAAUUACCAAUAAAUCCAAAUGAUUUUAUAGUAACUGCUUUUGUUAAAGAAAAAUGAUUGUUGGUUGUAUGAUUAUUAAACCAGUUAUAAAAUAAUCUAUUUUUUAAUAGGUCUAGUGGCACAAAAGUAAUAUUCCAAGGAAAAAUAUGAGUAAAAUAUAUCAAUGAUUUUAAAUUAAUAAUAUUGAUGUAUAAAUCUUUGGUGUAUUAUAGUAAGUUGAGUAUUAAAUAAGAGCAUUGUUAUUUUAUAGUUAAAGAAAUAUAAGAUAAUUGAUUAGUGUAUAGUUAGAGAAAUAUAAGGUGAGACCAAAAAAAUAGUUAAGUUUAGUGAAUAGAUCCAACAACCUUUCAUAAGUAGAUUUUUUGAGACUCCUUCCAUUUUAAUAGUAUAGAUAAAUAUCAUUAACUUUUUUGAAAUUUAUAAUUUUUCUUUAAAUAAUAUAUUGAAAAAGUAAAAAAAAUGUAUCUUUUUGAAGCAAUUUCUUUUCUAGAAUGUGGAUCUUUAUGAAAUGGAGGGAGUAAUAUUUUCUCCUACCAAAAAAAAAUCUCAUAUGUAAUUUUAGCCAUUUCAUGUAAAGUAAUGUUUUUCUUUUAUAAUACAAAAAGGUAAAUUGAAUAAACGUAUAGAGGGCUCUUUCUAGAUAGAGGUCGUUGUCAAAGUUCAGUUAGGAUCGAAUCCAGGACAAGAUCCUAAGCUAAUUCUUUCAGCCAAAGCAAAUCAUUUUCUUUCUUUUUCAGGAAACUUUCUUUUUAUUAUUUAUCUUAAAUAAUAGAUAUCACAAAAUGUCAUAUUUAACCUUUCAAACAGUCUCUUAAAGCUUAUAUUUUUUUUUUGUAACAUCUUAGACCAUCCGCAUCAAAGUAUCAAUAGGAAAAUUCACACGAUUAUCGAGAAAAAAAAAUAUUAAAAUAAUCAGAUUUUAAUGAAUCCGGCUCGUACAAGUUCGUCGGAGUGAUACCGUCUCGUUACUGUUCUGCGGGCUCCACGACACGUGGUGGCCCGCGAUAAGUUCGUUUAUAUAUAUAUAUAUAAUUAUUUUUUUUAAAGUCAAACGAAAAAAAAUUAAAAUAAUAAAAAAAAACAUUGGAAAUCGGGAAUCAUCAGUUCGCUGCUGCUCAUGCUCUUAAAGCUCGUAUUUGCUGCAUUGUUCAAUAGAUAUUUGUCGAUAUUCAAGGCGUUGAACCAUACUUGUAUUCAGGCGUGAUACAAAUUCUCGAUCGAAUAUUUGUUGAUAUAUUAGGCAUCGCUCCAUAGUUGAAUUCAGGUAGUUGGCAAUAAACAAUUGCAUAGUAAAUUAGUAAUUAAAUAGUGAUGUUCAAAUAAAAGAGUUGGGAACUUGAUGCAUUUACCAUCAUAUCUUGUUGAUUCCCUCAAAUCUCAUAUAUAAUACUAUUAUAUUACGUGACUAUAAUCUGCAAAGUCCGACCAAUGGAAAAAAGCUGUAUGUGGCCAUACUUUUAUAGGCCAGUAUAUUUGUAUGUUGGGAGUUUGAUGAGCAGUCCAAUAGAAAUGCACUACAAUGAAAAAAAAAAGGUGAAUGGUCAGUAGAUCACAUCAGAUUAACGUAAUGAUUUAAUCAGAUUAAGUUCAUGAUUUACAUUUUUGAUUAAGUUACGCACCCAUUUAGACGAACAUUUCUCCUUAUAACAUUAAAAAAAAUUAACCAACUAGAUAGGUGCUAACAACUUAUUCAUACCCAUUUAGUCUGUCUAGCUCCGUUCACAAAGAUGUUUCUCUUAAAAGACAAUUCUUAAAAUAAAAUCACUUGACCAAAACUGAGGCAUUCCUUCUAUUGUCUGACUACGGGAUAAAAUUUUCUUAGGAUCAAGGAUUUCCUUAAAUUCUAUAUCAGAUUUUUUUUGUAAAGAACGACCUUGUAGUCUUUGGACCAAUAUAUCAAAAUUUUCAAGAUACUGGCGUGAUUUUUUUUUUUUGGGUGUAAUACUGGCGUGAUAUUGCAAACCUUUUAAGUCGUGGACGGUAAAGUGGCAGCCUCCAAAAGACUCUGCGUCUAAUCUAAUGUAUCAAUUACUUUUGUUCUCAUGCUUUAAGCAUUUUACUUAAUAGUAAAUUAAUAAAUUUCGUGAGGUAUUAAACCGGCCAGCCAAUAGUUACAAUGUGAUCAUCGACCAAUUUACAUGGCGUCACUAUCAUCUACAGUUAACUUUUGGUGGAUUAAAAAAUACUUAAGAUAAAAAAAAAAAGAAUUUGUACUUCGUACACACCAAAUCUUCUCUAUUUGUAUUUCAUACCCUAUUUCUUUUUAAUUUUAUUUCCCCCAUCAUUACCAUUUUCCCUCUAUUCUAUGGUAUCUCACAUUUUUCAGUAUAUUGAGCUAAUUUGCUCCAAAAAGAAUUAACCAAGAACAUCUCUAAUGAUAUUCCAUUUUUCAUUCUGAAAUAGAGUUUAGAAUAAAUAUGUUUUAAUGGUAUUUUAUUUUUCACUCUACAAUAAAAUGAAAACAAAUUUAAUCUAAGAAUAUAAUAUUUCUAUUUUUAUUUUUUGUUUAUAACUUUAUUUUUUUUUCUGAAAUAGAAUAUUAUUAAAGUAUAAUUCAAUUCUAUUAUAGAAUUACACUAUUUUAUAUGAAAAAUAGAUUAAACUAUUAGAAAUGGUCUAAGAAAAACAACACGUUGAUCUCUGCCGGGUGAAAAAUAUAAAACUAAAUUGUAAUGCAUCGUUAAUUAUUUUAUUAACUAGGAUACUUGCCAAUUAACCCCACUAAUUACCGUUUACGUUAACCAUAAUUAGUGUUAGAUUGUCAAGUACACACUAGGCGCACUGUGGUUCUGACCAUUUGUCAAAAAGAUAGCAUAUCUUGUAAAUUAUAUGAAGUACAUUUCAGAUAAUAAAUAUGUUUUAAUACAUACACACUUAAAUUUAUCAUAAACUGAAUGUAUACAUAAUAAAUACGGAAUCAUUUUUUGAAGUACAUUUUAGAUAAUUCUUAUGUUUUAAUACAUACACACUUAAAUUUAUCAUAAACUCGUAAUAGAUACUGAAUCAUUUUUGGAAUCACAUAGGACAGGCUUAUUAUAUAUUCCGAGAGCAGGGACAUUAUGAUUAGGGAAAGGAAAAUUAGGGAUAGAGGCACAUGUAUAUAAUUUAUAUGCUGACAAAAGAAGUGAAUAGUGUGAAAGGGUUGUGGGUAAAUAUCCUUGGUAUUUGAAUGAAAGACUCCUUUAUAUCAAAUAAGCAGUAGACACUCGACAAGUAGGCAUGCAUGUGGAACUGAACCAAAAAAAUCAAGUGCUAUUUCCCCUCAUUUCUCAGUCCAGCUUUUAAUCAAUCGUUUUUUUAUAACAAUUUUUAAUCAAUUGUUUUUGUUAGGAUUUAUUAAAUCCAUGUUCAACACUAUAUUGUUUGAUUAGUACGAUAUUAUCUAUUUUGUAUUUUAGGCAAGCUCGCAUAGUUUUACUUUUGAUUUUCUUCCCAAAAGAUUUCGUACUAAUUAGAGUUGUGGACAUUUCUUUAUAUAUUAGAUAUUGAUUCGUCUAAAUUCCAAUGUGGGACUUUGUUUGAUAUCUCACAUUUUCUCCUUCAAACUACGGACCACACUCAUUUCGUGUGUUUCUUUUUUUUGAGAAUGCGCCUCCCACAACAUCUUGAUCCUUUGAGAAUGCAUUACAGGUUCCAUAAUCUUGACUUGUUUCUCCCACGUACCUCCUUUUCCGUAUUUAGGUCUUCUUGCAGAUCUUCGUCAACAUGUGCUCUGAUACUAAUGUUGUAACUUAUUAAAUUCAUGUUCAACUCUAUAUAGUUUGAUUAGUAUGAUAUUGUCCACUUUGGACCUUAGACAAGUCCGUAUAGUUUUACUUUUGGUUUUAUUCCCAAAAAAUUUCGUACUAACUAGAAUUAGACAUCUCUUUAUCUAUUAGACAUUUUUUCGUCUAACUUUUGAUGAGAGUCAAAUGGUUAACCAAAGUAAACCAAUGGUUUGGAAUAAGAAGACGUGAUAUUAUAAUUGUUCCUAAGUUAAUGGAAUUGUCUUUCCACUAGUGACGUGUGAUAAUAAUGGGUAGUUACUUUGUCUUCUUCUGUAUUUAUAGACAUCGAUGUAUUGUGAGUAAAGGAUAUGAAAAGAAAAUUGCAGUAAACUUGUGUCUUAAGUCUUUGUGAUCCAUCAUUUGGUAUCAGAGCAAAUUCUCUUAGCUUUGAAGAGGGGCCUUCAUUGGCAUCAAAGCACAUUUUCGUUUUUGAUCCGGACCACUUUGUGGUAUCAGAAACUCCUAUCAUUGUUCUGAUUUGGACCACAGUUUGUGGUAUCAAAACUUCUUUAUCCAGAAAAAAAAAGUCUUGUUAUAUAAGAAAUGGGAAGCACACGAGAGGGCAUUGAAGAAUUCAAGAUCAAUCUCCUCAACAAAAUGCAUGAUGAGAUACGUGAAGAGCUGAAUAAGAUGGCGCAAUACUGGAAGGAUCACGCAUCAACUUGGCGUCAGAAGAUGGAGACGUGGAAGACAAAGAUGAACACUCGUGAUGGAAGAGCCAAUGGUGAUACUGCAUCUCAACCGGCUAAGACGGAGAUGAGGACGUGGAAGACGGAGAUGGAGACGGUAAAGACGGUGAGAAGGGUGAAGAGAUCAUCCCAACUGGCUAAACAUAUUGUGAAGGUCGCAACGGAUACUCAGGUUCAUGAGGAAUCAAGUCGACAUGCGACUUCACCACUCAAAGGAUCUGCAAUGUCAUCACGGAAACAUCAACAAGCUCGACCGGUUCUGGUUAGACGUCAACAUCUCUCUGCUCAGACCAGAAAACAAAGAAGGCAUAGCCGAUUGUCUAAGCCAAAAACUGAAGUUAGGUCUACAAAACCUCCAGAACAUGGUCGUCUACCUCGAUCUCGUUUCUUACAGUGGAGGUUACGACUUUCAUCACAUAUGCUUUGUAGUUGUGUGAAGGUGGUCUGGUCUCUAGCAUACCAAGAUGUUAUCAAUAGAAAACGGCCAUUUGAUCGUGGAAAAGUUAGGAUCAUGGAGAAGCUGUUCUCUAAGAUUGGUAUGAACUUUGGGGACAAAGUUCUUUUAGAGGGUGGAGUAUUGAUGAGAGUCAAAUGGUUAACCAAAGUAAACCAAUGGUUUGGAGUAAGAAGACGUGAUAUUAUAAUUGUUCCUAAGUUAAUGGAAUUGUCUUUCCACUAGUGACGUGUGAUAAUAAUGGGUAGUUACUUUGUCUUCUUCUGUAUUUAUAGACAUCGAUGUAUUGUGAGUAAAGGAUAUGAAAAGAAAAUUGCAGUAAACUUGUGUCUUAAGUCUUUGUGAUCCAUCAACUUUCAAUGUGAAACUUUGUUUGAUAGUUCACAAAUUUUCUUUUCAAAACUUCUCAAUCCAACUUUUGCUCAAUUCCUGUCAAAUUUUUCUUUAAAAAAACAUCUUUCCCAUUUCAGAUUUCAGUACCCGUUUCUAACUCUUUUUGUAUAAAAAACCUUUUUCUUUUUGUAUAUAUCCAUUUUCCGUUGAUUUCCGUGCCAACCCUUGGUUGUAUACAUUGUGCUACAUAGUACACUAACUCAAAAAUGAUUCUUUAGUUUUUUGGAUAUUUCUUAGGACUAGGGACUAGGGUCAAUGAGUUAUUGAGAUGACGUCAUAAGCCGAAAGGAUGAGGUAAAAAGUAAAAAAGACAGCAAACGGCUUUAGUGGGGCCCGCAUAAGCGAAUAUCUGAGGGACGAACGAUUAGUUAUGUAACAGAAACAAGUAUUCUUCCACGUGUUAUAAGUCGUCGACGACAUGUGUCAAGGACGGCGCCACCAACCAGACAAUGGGAGCUGGAUUGCUGGAGAAAAACUUAAGAACAUCUUCCUCUUUUUUUUUUUGAACAAAAGAACAUCUUCCUCUUUAUAAUGUAACCAAUAUACACGGGUUGUCUUGUUUUUUUUUUUUUUUUGGUACAAAAAAAAGUGUUUUCACCUCUUUGCCGGGAACCCAAGCAAUGUAAAUAGUCCCUCCCAGCGCGAAUCGAACCCGGGUGGCGGAAGUUACAGCCGCAACCCCUUUACCACAAGAGCUGACUCGUUCUGGUACGGGUUGUCUUGUUUGAUGGCCAACGUUGGUUACUAUAAAAUUUGAGAAUAUUGUGGUUUCCAGUGGAUCUAAAACUUGGGAUUAUGAAUUAUGUAUUCACUAUUACAUUAUUAAUUUUGAUGUGGUGGUAUAUUGAGUGAGAUUUACGUAGUAAUCCGUAAAUGUACAUGCGUGGAACUUAUUAAAACGUUGAGAAUUGCAUACUUAAGAUGGUUAAUUUCUUUAUCCUCAUAUGUUUUCCCUUACGUGUCUUAUCAAUGGGUUAACGAGGCAUAUUAAAAAAAAAAGACACGUUCCAGUUACCAGAAGGCAUCAAGCAAACAUAUAUCUAAAAUUCAGAAUUUCUCUUUUGAGGUUUUAUACAUAUUUUUUUGGGUCAACAAUACAGUAUGCAGACAACCCAAACCACUCGAUCAAUCAAAAUUUCGGAUAUUUAUGGUUGUAUCUAGAGCAUUUGAUGCCCAAUAAGAAACUCGAAUCGUUAUAUAAUAUACACGUAACUACUAGUAAACAAUAUAUACAAUUAAAAGAAGUUGAGUUGUGCAGUAACUGCCAGUAAAGUGGAGAAGCUUGGUAAAACUUUAAAACAAAAAAUUGCGGUUAGAGAGAGACAGAUAGAGAGAGAGAGAGCCGUCCAAAAACAAGGCGUAGAUGUCUACCCGGCCCACGCGCAAUCAAACCCUUGUUGCAUCUCCAUCUUCUUCUUCUCCCUCUCCAUAUAUCAUCAUUUCGCACCCACAUGACACACACAUCCAUUUAUAUAAAUAAGCAUACUCACAUCAUAAACACCUAUAUAUAUAUAACUCUAAUAUUUCUAGAUGGUUCAUCUACAUGUGAUCUAAUUAAUCAAAAGCCAACUCUUGACUCUUGUUUUGUUAUAUAAACACUCUCAUCCGAUCCACAACAGAGGAUUCAAACUCUCGUCUCCUUCUUCCUUUUGCUAACCCGCUUAGAUCAUCGUCCUUCUGGAAAUCGCGUACAAACACAUUAUUCUUCACAAUCCCUUCGUCCAAUCUAAAAUUAUCCCGUAAGUUUCAUCCCAUUAUUCCCUUGAAGGUUUUUAUUAUAUACUACAAAAUAUAUGUAUAUAUAUGAUAUAUACAUGCAUGAAAUGAUGAAAUAUGAUGAUGCAUAAAAGUUUAUGUUUUGCAUUUUCAUCAUAUAUACAUAUUACAUACAUAUAGUAUGUGAUCGUUUUUUUACGUGGGUAGGCCGUAUGAAUAUUCAAUAUUCAUAUCUUGAAUAGUGUACAAAUGUGUAUGUGUGGAUAUUGACCCACAAAAAGUAGAGUAAACGGAACCUGAAAUGAAAAGAAAAGUAAUUGCCAUUAAAUAAUAUAGAUAGUAUAGGGAUAUAACUCGAUACAAGAGUGUGUAAUACACUCAAAGGAACAUCAAUCUCAGUGACUUCCACCCGCCAAACUUUUCGGUUAUAUCCAUUUUAUAUAAUUAUCUUCCAUAUACAAUAUGAAAAUAUAUGUGUAGUUCUUGUAUAUUUUAGGUCUUAUAAAAAUACCUUAUGUUAUAUUAUACAGUACAUAAUGCAUAAACUGAAUCUUUUCGUUUAUGUACAAGGCGAAACAAAUACUUAAGCCCAAUGAUUUCUUGCAAAAAGAUCACGUUCACUAUCAAACUCUAGUUAUUAAUUUGUUUUCUUGUAAAAUUGUAAGAGCUUCUCCAUUUGUUGGGUGGUACCAUGGAAAAACAUCAUAACCAUCAUCAUAAACUUAUGAUAGCUAUAGCCUGAAGCUUAAAGAUCUAAGAUUUUGGAUACAAUAUCCAUCUUCAUAUGAUGAUAUGAAUAUAUAUCUGUGUGUGUGUGUGAAUAGUUAUAGAUAUUAAUAUAUUAUCUACAUGGUGUCCGUGUGUAACACCCCUAUACAUCAUUACUAACCCAACACAGCUUUUGGAUUUUUUUUCUUAAUAAAAAGCUUUUGGAAUUUAAUUAGACCCAAGAGCCAUUCGAUCCAUUUCUUAUAAUUAAAAGAAGCUUUUUUUUUCGAAACACAAUUAAAAGAAGCUUCUAACAGGAUUUGGUUUUGAUCCCAAGAAAAAAACAAAAGGUUGUGACUUGUCUAAGGUUUUCGCAAUGGCUUAAGUUUUUAUAUAUACAAAUAUAUUUUCCUUCAUAUCAUUCUCUCCUUUCUCAUUUCUUCAUCUCGUUUCUUACUCAUUUCUCUAACAAUUUCCCUAAUUAUAUACGUUUAUAGAUCAUUUGGAUGGACAACAUAAUGCAAUCGUGUAUGCCACCGGGAUUCCGAUUUCAUCCAACAGAGGAAGAGCUCGUUGGUUAUUACCUAGAUGGGAAGAUCAAUUCAAUGAAGACUGCUUUAGAUGUCAUUGUAGACAUUGACCUCUACAAAAUGGAGCCAUGGGAUAUUCAAGCGAGAUGUAAACUAGAGUAUGAAGAGCAAAACGAGUGGUACUUCUUUAGCCACAAGGAUAGGAAGUAUCCGACCGGGACUAGGACCAAUAGAGCAACGGCCGCCGGGUUCUGGAAGGCCACCGGUAGAGACAAGGCGGUACUUUCAAAGAAUAGUGUCAUAGGAAUGCGGAAGACACUUGUCUACUACAAAGGUCGAGCUCCUAAUGGAAGAAAAUCAGAUUGGAUCAUGCACGAAUACCGCCUCCAAAACUCCGAGCUUGCCCCGGUUCAAGAGGAAGGUUGGGUGGUGUGUCGAGCAUUUAGGAAGCCGAUUCCAAACCAGAGGCCAUUAGGGUACGAGCCAUGGCAGAACCAGCUCUACCACGUUGAUGAUAAAAAUUACUACUCAUCUUCAGAGACAACGAACACGAGUCACCAUAUCGGUGCCUCUUCAUCGAGCCAAAACCUUAACCAAAUGGUCAUGAGUAAUAAUCACUACAAUGCCAAUAAUCCAUCCUCAACGAUGCAUCAAUAUGGCAAUAUCGAGCUCCCACAGCUAGACAGUCCUAGCUUGUCGCCAAGUCUAGGGACGAAUAAAGAUCAGAACGAGAGUUUGGAGCAAGAAGAAGAGAAGAGCUUCAACUAUGUGGACUGGAGAAUACUAGAUAGCUUGCUUGAGAUACAAGCCACACAUCCACAAAACCGUAAUGUCCUUGUGUCUUCGUUAGCAACGCAGUCUUAUAAUCCGGAACAGAGCUUCCCUUCCAUGCAUCAAAACUAUAAUUAUGAGAUCGAAGCUAAUAUUCAUCAUUCUUUUGGAUGCUUCCCUGACUCCUAAUUUUUUUUUAAAAACUUCAAUAUUGAUUUGUAUUCUGUGAUUUAAUUGUACCAUCUGGAAAAUAGUAUUAUCAUUACGUGUCUAAUUUGUAAGAGAAGUUUGUGUGUAAUACAUAGAAUUUUAUAGAAUUUUAUUGGCGAAUUUCACAAAGGUGGAAUAUUUUUUAA